CCGGAAACUCGCAGCGCAACUCCAUGGAAACGGCGCACGCUUUUCUCGAAUAUUUACCCACCUAGCCAUUUAGCUCAUGCUAGCUAACUCGGAAACACAACCUGUAUUUGAGUCAUAUAAAAACACAGCAGAAAGAAAACCUCUCAGAAAACAAUACUCUUAUUAGCCAGUCGUUAGUUUUACAUGAUCAUGAGUCGCACUCCGGAUGCAAGAGCGAGAGACAUACAGACCAAGCAGAUCCAGGAGAACCUCACUCAUGUGCAGAAACAUUUUGGGGAGCUGUGUCAGCUUUUUGCAGCAUAUGUACGUAAAACGGCACGACUGAGGGACAAGGCUGACUUGCUGGUCACUGAGAUUGGCUUCUACGCAGACACAGAGACACCAACUCUGAAAAAUGGACUAAAGAAUUUUGCGGAUCAGCUUGCUAAAAUUCAGGACUACAGACAAGCCCAGGUGAAAAGACUUGAUGCCAAAGUGGUUGAGCCACUGAAAGCUUAUGGUUCUUUUGUGAAACUGAAAAGGGAGGACCUGAAACGUACCCAGAGUGCCAGGAACCGAGAAGCAAAGCAGAUGCUGCAGCUGGAGAAAACGAGACAGAGGAACCCCUCUGACAGACAGAUCAUUUCACAGGCUGAGAGCGAGCUGCAGCGAGCCACGAUGGACGCCACACGCAUGACUCGCCAGCUGGAGGAGACAAUAGACCUGUUUGAAAGUCAGAAGAUCCGAGAUAUCAAGGAUAUCUUGGGCGAGUUUGUGACCGUGGAGAUGGCAUUUCAUGCCAAAGCUUUGGAGGUGUACACUACUGCCUAUCAGCACAUCAAAAACGUGGAUGAAGAAGCAGAUCUAGAGGUUUUCCGGAGCACCCUGCAUCCCCCUGACUAUCAGUCACGCAUAGAGAUCAUGCGUGCUAAUUCCAGAACGUCCUUAAAUCACACCGGCAUGUCUAUGAGUAAAUCAGGCACAUUGCAGGCUUCAAAGGGGCCGAAGAAAGGAGUUGAAGAGGACGAGGAAGGUGAGGAUGAUGAUGAUGAUGAGGAGGAGGAGGAGGAGGACGACGAUGACGACGACGACGACGAUUUGGAAGACGUUACAGAUGAUGAGAAAUAACAAACCUGCUUAACUGCUUCUUGUGCCAUAGUAUUUUUAAACAGUGUUAAGUAUUUCUCAUUUGCACAGCCAUCUAUCACCUACUUAAUCCACCAGCAGUAAUCUUUAGCUUUAUCGUCGGCGCCUGUAAAGAUUUGCCAUUUUUAAAAUUUUUUCUGUUAUGCAUGUAUAGUAAUAUUACACCUUUUACUUUUACUAUAUUUUUUACCUUUAUAUCAUUCGAAAAAGUGCUUUUGACUGUCUAGUGCCAACAGUGUUUAUUCCUCAGUGCAGUGUUAAUUCACCAGAUUCAUUUGAAACUUUAUUAUGUGACACCCGUGUGUCAUUUCUAAAUGAUUGCUUUGUGAUAUAAAAUGAAUUCUUGCACAAUAAACGGAUCAUGAAAGGA